AUGGAACUCCCCUUUGUCACUCUCGACGUCUUCACAGAGACUCGCUUCCGCGGCAACCCCGUCGCCAUAGUCACCAUCCCCGCCUCGGGCCCUAAGCCUACGCAGCAGCAGAAACAGACCGUCGCCCGCGAGUUCAACUUGUCCGAGACCGUCUUCCUCCACGACGUCCCCGACCCCGCCGCCGACUCCCGUCGCCACAUCGACAUCUUCCUGCCCUUUGACGAGAUCCCCUUCGCCGGCCACCCCACCAUCGGCACCGCCGUCGCCCUCCUCGGCCAGGGCGUCACCACCCUCGUCACAAAGGCCGGCCCCAUUGCCCUCAGCCAGCUCGGCCCCCGUCUCGUCCAGGCCACCAUCCCCCACGAUGUCCACCUCCACGCCAAGCGCCCCCGUGACCUGUCCCUCUCCGACGCCCAGCUCCCCGCCGUGGCUCAGAUCCGCGAGCUCGAGCUCAACGCCCCCGUCUUCAGCAUUGUCAACGGUGUCGCCUUUAUCCUCAUCGAACUGCCCUCCCUGGAGUUGCUUGCCCAGGUCGAGCACAUCAGCACCCCUACCCCUGUUGACCAGAUUCUCGACGACGGCUGGCGCAAGGGCUUCCUCGGAAGGUACUACUAUGUCCGCACAGACUCUCGCCGUCACGACAAUGACCAAUCCGUCGUCUCCCUGCGCACCAGGAUGAUGGAGCACACCUUCGAGGACCCGGCCACUGGCUCCGCGGCAUGUUGCUUGAGUUCCUUCCUCAGCACCGUCCGACACGAGCAGGAUACCCCGACCCGUAGAUACAACAUCACCCAGGGCGUCGAGAUGGGCAAGGAGAGCAACAUCGUCGUCGAUGUGGACAUGCAAGACUCCAUCAUUCACACCGUCAAGCUGGCUGGCACCGCGGUCCAGGUCAUGAGGGGCCAUAUUCUAGUCUAG